AUGGGGCAUAAGGUUUUAGUAUGGCUUGCAGUUGGCAACUGUCAACCUCACUGUCCGGCCGUGGUCAAGUCGAAUGGACGGCGAUCGUUAUCGAAGACACUACAAAAGGUCUCUGCGGCAACACUGAUGAUCGAUGCCUUGAUGGCCGGAAGCGCACACGGCGGCACAUAUAUAUAUAAUCCAACUGGACCCGACAACUCAGCCAGGCGACCGAUACGGUCGCUGCCGCGGUCGUCGGCGUUCUGUAAAAGCCAUUCGCUCAUGCCUGGUCGUCGGUGGUCGGUCAUCGGUAGUUGGUCGUCGGUCGUUGGUCGUCGUCGCCACAGUGCACGGCGUCGUCGGUCGUCGGUCGUCGGUCGCCGGUCGUCUGUUUGA